AUGCAGCGGGCGACGAACACCAUAGAUCUAGAGGCCAUCGGGAUCGGUGAGAUCCGGUCAAAGAGGGCAGCUAUCGGUGCCUUUAUGCUGCAGAUUCCCGGUCCCGAAGGGCACGCGAGGGCAGAUGCCCUUGCGGUUAUAAUAUCAGUUCUCUUCGCCGACAAGGGGGACAUGCGAAUCGCACGUCCCUCGAAGAGGGCCGAUAUCCGAGUCCGCGACUUGGACGAUGCGGCCAUCGUGGAAGAUAUAGUCUCCGCGGUGGCGGUCUUCGGGGGUUGUGGACCCGGAGACGUAAAAGGCGGAGCAAUCCGGCCCAGGACGGACCACUUGGGGACGCUGUGGGUGCAGUGUCCCUUUGCGCCCGCCCGAAAGGUGGUGGACAGAGGACGUCCCAGGAUAGGGUGA